AUGGACUUCCUGAGCGACAAGUUCGCCCUCAAGAGCCCCCCGGCGGCGGCGGGCAAAGGCGGAGAGUUCUACCUGCCCCCCGGGGGCCCCCUGGAGCACGUCAUGGAAGCGCUGGACGGCGGCGGCGGCGAGGCCUUCUACGGCAAGGGCGGCAAGUGCGUGGCGCAGGCCGCCUACAACCCGCACGGCCGCCUCGACAGGGCGUCCCCGGGCAGGGACGGCGCCGUAAACUAUGGGAUUACGAAAGUGGAAGGUCAGCCACUGCACAGCGAGCUGGGAAGGCCUUUGGAAAACUGCAGCAGCCUCCGGAUGUCUCCGGUGAAAGGGAUGCAGGAGAAAGGCGAGCUGGAUGAACUCGGAGAUAAGGGCGACAGCAAUGUCUCCAGCAGUAAGAAGAGGAGGCACCGGACCACUUUUACCAGUUUACAGCUGGAAGAAUUGGAGAAAGUGUUCCAGAAAACACAUUACCCCGAUGUUUAUGUAAGGGAGCAGCUGGCUCUGAGAACAGAACUCACGGAGGCCAGAGUUCAGGUCUGGUUCCAAAACCGAAGAGCAAAGUGGAGAAAGAGAGAGCGUUAUGGGCAAAUCCAACAAGCCAAAAGUCAUUUUGCGGCAACCUAUGACAUAUCUGUUCUACCAAGGACUGAUAGCUACCCACAGAUCCAGAAUAAUUUGUGGACAGGAAAUGCAGCUAGCAGUUCAGUGGUGACUUCCUGCAUGCUUCCACGUGACACUUCCUCUUGUAUGACCCCUUAUUCCCACUCACCUCGGACGGAUUCUGGGUACUCGGGUUUUUCCAACCAUCAGAGCCAAUUCAGCCAUGUUCCCCUCAACAAUUUUUUCACUGACUCUCUACUGUCUGGAACGACCAACGGACAUCCAUUUGAAACCAAGCCGGAAUUUGAACGCAGGUCCUCAAGUAUUGCGGUUCUACGAAUGAAAGCUAAAGAACAUACUGCCAACAUCUCCUGGGCAAUGUAAUGUAACAGAAUAGCCUUCCAUUUAAAUGUCACACCAAACCCUCACCAUUCUAAUUUCCCAUAUUUAAAGGAAUCAACAAUAAGCUGCUGUGUGAAGAAUUGCUAGUGAUCAGGAUGAUGACUGCUUAUGCAAAUCCCUAAUGUGCUAUUUAACAAUAACAUUUAAGCAUAAACAUAUACGAGGACUCAAUAGAUCCACCAUGUCCA